AGAAAACUCCGCGCAAGUUGAAAUGCCAGCAACUCGGUGGACUUUUGAGAAAUCACGAAAAAGUGAAAGAACAUCUGCUAAAAAAUAACUUUCUUUAGAAGUCUGGAGACGAAAAAUGUAUCUCAAGUCUUGGGAUGAUUUCGAAAAGGGUGCUGAACGACUGUAUUUACAGGAUCCUCUAAAAUGCAGAUAUAAUAUACUCUAUAUUCAUAAGAAGGGUAUUUUCAAAGUAAAAAUGACAAAUGAUGUUGUGUGCUUACAAUAUAAGUCUGAAAGUAUUCAAGAGUGUAAACGGAUGGAAAAAUUUAUCAGUAACCUACUUAGACACAUGGCUUCAAAUAAGCCGCAAGCUUGAUUGUGCUUGUUCUGUUAUGUUAUCAGAAUUAUAGAAUCGGAACUGUUAAUCUAACUAUAUUUUUAUAAACAGCCUGUGCUGUGUAAGUACGUAUUCUUGUUAUUAUAAGGUUUUUUUGUAAUUAAACGGGUACAAAUGCUAAACGUAGUUCAAGUUGCGUAAUUUCAAUGCCAUAAUACUCAUUCAAAGUAUUAUGCAAAUCAAAUGGAUAAUAUAAGCAGAAAGCAAAGGAAUCUAA